AUGGUAGAGCAGUACGACAAUCUCUCUGAGACAAUUGUAGAACGAAAAUGGAAGGCGCCCACGCAGUUGGGUGGUGAAGGCCCGUGGGUCUACGAGAUUGGUCAACAGCAGGAAACAUGUUCUUCUGUUCUUGAGGAAUUUAAAGAAUCCAACGCUAACCCUGUUUUCUGUCGUUGCGACACCAAACAGGAUUUCCAGUGGAGAAUCCGCAAUUUGCCGUACCCUAUCGAGACGUACCAACUUUCCAUUGACGACGAUAACUCAACGAUUACACUUCGGACUACAAAUAAGAAGAAACCCCCGGCAUAUUACCAAUACGAGAAGGAGCUGAGGAAGGAACUGUUAAAGACGAAACCUAUCUCCGGUGGCGACAUGCCCUGUGCUUCCAUGUAA